GAUUUUAGAGCGUUACGUCCAGGACCAGAUCCCAGGAGCUAAAGUUGUUGUGGAGUCAAUUGGAUCGCGUCGUUUUGGCGAGGGUUAUGAACAGGAGGACUACUCAAAAUCUGACCUGAUGAUUUAUGCAAUCGACCCUCUGACCAACAGAGCUCUCUCAAGACAGGAACUCUUCAAGUUUUUAGAUGGGAAGUUAUUAGACAUCAAUAAGGAGUUCCAGCCCUAUCUAGGUCGCGGAGGACGCAUUCUGGAGAUCCGCACGCCGGAUGUGGUGGAGAGCGUGAAGAAGGCGGUUCAGUCUGUCGGAUACACUGAAGGAGCCCUGCUGGCGCUGGCCGUCAUCAUCAUCAUGUGUUGUAUCCCAGCCAUCCUCAUCGUCAUCAUCACCUACCGGCAAUUCAAAGAACGACAGGCAGAGGGUGCAAAAACAGCCAGGAUUCAAAUGGCACUUCCCACUGGCAAAUCCGGAGGCGCUGCCACCAACAAUCUGUAUGAAGAACUCGGCGACAGCACCAUAUCCAAGACUAAGAGGUGUGUUCUGAAGGACAGCGAUCGGCAGCAUCUCAUUAGCUCAUUUGCCUCCCAUGCCAUCACUGCUCACAAGCUGUCCACCGCUAAUGGAGUCCUGCUUAACAACUUGCCUAAGUCAGAAAGCAACAUUACCUUCCUUUCUGACGAGAACCCUCUUACUACAACCAACCCCCUGUACCAUGAUGACGGCACCCUCAGCAGCCCUGAGCACCAAAAUCAGAGGUACCACCUGGGCAUGUAUUCACCCAACAUGAGAGGUCUGAGAAAGUCCAUCCUGCGCUUCCCAUCUACAGGCUCAGGACAUGCCUGGACUUUACCUUCUAGGUUGCACAAGUGUGAGACCAAUGAAGCCCUACUGAGUAGAACUGUGGCAAUGGAUCCAGUUCAGUGGGAGCUGCAACUGCUGAAGUCCGACCUUAAGGACAGUAAGGAGAUGAUUGAUGGGUUUGAUGGGCUUGUAGACGAAGAUACAGAGCCCAAAAUGACAGUAAAAGAGCAGGCACGGCAGUUUGAGCAGCAGGCCUUUCAGGACAUAAGGCAGAGGCAAGGCCAGGAUUCUCGUGGGUCACUCUCUUCCGAAGUUAUUCUCUCUGUUUUUGAGACCCUGCAGUCUUCAGUCAUGGGACAUAACAGCAGGCCCCCAGCAAUAAUCAUUACCCAGAGUGACGGAACGCCUCCGCCUAGUCACAAACCCACUCCACCAGUGCUACGGAAGUUCAGCAGAAUAACUACCUAUCCCGAUGUGGAGUCUUACGAGGUCAACGUGGAGAUCAUCCCAGACCCACCAGAUGUACCUGCUCCACAACCCCCACCACCUCCCCCUCCCUCCAGAGAGGCUACGGGCAUCAGGAGGAUUUUGCCUAAAGCAAUGCGCUCUUUGAAUUAUAACUCUUUGCUCUGCUCACAGGAACUCUCCAUGGAGUCUGGUAUCGACCCAGGACAGGACUAUUAUACACAGGAUUACUACAAUUAUGAUCAUGGCUAUGACUUGCCUCAGUAUGGGAGUCGACGGAAGCUGAUCUCUCCAACAGGGAUGUAUGAUGAAUAUGGAGAGGUGAUUAUGGAAGAUGAUGGCAGCUACUACUACAGCCCACACGAAUCCGAGGGAGAG